UUUUGAUCCCUACAGUACAAGAAGGGAAGCUUUUCAGAGGCAAAAACCAGAAAAAAAGCUAUAGGCCUAAUAAUUUUUGAAGUGAAAACAAAAUGAAAUUUCCUUUAAAAAUAGGCAUCGCUUUUUGGGUACUUUUUGCUACAAGUGAAUCAGGUCAAAAUAUGAAAUGUGAGCUUCCACAUGACAAGCGUGUGUAUCUCCCAAAGUAUUAUUUUUAUGGAAACUUAAAAUUGGGAGUAGUGAGAUCUUACAGUUGUUUGUCUGGAUAUCGUCAAAUUUCAAGAGAGGCCACAUGUACACAGAAUGGUUGGAAACCUGAUCCACUGUGUACUGAAAUUGUGUGUGACCAACCCAAGAUCCCAAAUGCACAGAUUAUUGGAAAUCAGAAACAUACCUACAAAAUCUCUUCAACUUUACAAUAUCACUGUCUUUCUCAACCUCAGCAGCUCAUACAAAUCACAUGUGAUUCAGAGGGUCAAUGGACAGGCAUACAACCAUGUACUGAUGGUACCUGUCAGGAACAAGAACUCAAAAAUGUUAAAAUCAUAUUUGGAUACCCGGGCAUCAGUUCUCCUUAUCUAUCUGGGCACGUCUUAGUUUUUUUAUGCACUGAUGUCAACAUGAAGAUGUAUGGCCAACGUGCAAUUGAAUGCCAGUCAGAUGGGAGGUGGAGCAAACCAUAUCCACAUUGUGGAGGAGCAGUUCAGUGUUCCAUACCAGCAGAGCACUUGCGGUUUGUGACACUGUUAAAUGAGAAAAAUGAAUACAGCAACUUGGAUAUAUUGAGAUACAAGUGCAUUAAGCCAUACAAUGAAACUUCAGAAGGAGCUUUGAUGUGUCAAAAUGGAAAGUGGAAUGGAACAUACGCUUGCACAAACAAGAUAUGUCCGCCUCCACCAUAUCUUGAAAAUGGAGACUACAUCAUCAAGAAUCAGGUUAACGAAGUUAUCACUGAGGUUUACUAUACCUGCCAAUCUUACUAUGUUCUGAACAAACAACAGGAAUAUUACAAAUGCCUCAACGGGAGAUGGGAGACCCCUCCAAAAUGUCUAAAGCCUUGUGAAAUAAAUGAGGUUGUUGAGAUGUACAAUCUACAACCUCCUGAAGAAAAGGUCUAUUUGAAGCACAAUAACAAGCAUAGGCUUAACUGUACAUCAGGAUGGCAAGCUGAAGGUCUGAUAAAACAAACAUAUGUGGACAUACUGUGUUCUGAUGGGAAUUUACAAAUUGACAAAAGUUGUAAUACAGAAAAAAACUGAAGAAAAAAACUGGAGUGGUAAUUGAGGUAUAUUAACCCAAUGAAAUUUACAACAGUUUUUUUACUUUUAACAAUCAUGUAUGCUAUUCCCUUUAAUUCAAUUAUUACAGAGUUUGGAUCUUUGUAAACUCAUGUUACAUUUAUGUAAUAAAUGUCACUUAAAAAUAUUUUUUACACAAUACACAACAACUUUUGUAAUUAAAAUGCAUCCUAAUAUCUUAA